GGGAGGCCUCACCGCAGGGCGCCUCCGGCUGUAUCGCCUGGCCGUGGGCCCCUCGGUGCCUGCCCCACCAGAUGGGGACGGGGACGGGUCCCCGAAUGCUGGCAGGGCUCGGCAGACCCCGGUGCAGCCCCGGCAUCCCUCAGGACCUGGGCUCCUCCUGGUGCCUCCCGCGUGUCUCAGGCGUGUCCCUUCCUCCCGCAGGGUCCCUGGUGUGCGCCCAAGUGACCUCCGAGACGAAGCAAGUGCCUGAGAACAGCGCCGUGGAUAUCCCCUGCACGGCGUACAAGUACAGCAUGAACAGCCCCCGCAUCGAGUGGAAGUUCCAGAAGGGCACGUCACUGGUGCUGCUUUACUACGGGAACGAGCUCACCGAACCCUACAAAAACCGCGUCCAGUUCUCGUCCGCCAACAUCCACUUCAGCACGGUGACGCGGGAGGACACGGGGAAGUACAUCUGCGAGGUGGUGGAGGGCAGCAGCCAGAUCUCCAAGUCCGAAGUCAACCUCAUUGUCCAAGUGCCUCCCUCCAAGCCGGUGGCCCACGUCCCCACCUCGGCCACCAUCGGCAGCAAGGCCGUGCUGCGCUGCACCGAGACGGAUGGCUCCCCGCCGCCCACCUUCCGCUGGUACCGGGACACCAUGCUCAUGCCCAGCGACCCCAAAACCAGCCUGACGUUCAGGAACUCCUCCUACACGCUGGAUUCCACCACCGGGGAGCUGAUCUUCGAGCCCGUCAGCAGCUUCGACACCGGUGACUACUACUGCGAGGCCUCGAACAACGUGGGCUCCCCCCAGAAAUCAGACGUCGUGCACAUGGAAGCCAACGAAGUCAACGUGGGCGGCAUCGUGGCCGCCGUGGUGGUGCUGCUGAUGGUGCUGGCGCUCAUCGCCUUCGGGAUCUGGUUCGCCUACAGCCGGGGCUUCUUCAGCAAGAGAAAAGACACCACCAGCAAGAAGGUCAUUUACAGCCAGCCCUCGCACCGCAGCGAGGGCGAGUUCAAACAGACGUCCUCCUUCCUGGUGUGAGGCCCCUCCUGCACCACGAACUGUUGUAAAUGUUUUCUAAUUACUGUAGCUGUGAUUUUUAACUAUUUUUUGGUGUUUUUUUUUUUUUUAAGUGCUACCUUGUCCCUUGUGUCUGUCCCUACCCCCUUGAUUUUUUUGGGGGUAGCGUCCUUCCUCCCCAAACCCCACCCUCUCCAACCGGUGCCUUGCUGCCCCGAGGUCCCAUCGGGGUCCUGUGCCUUGUCCCCACGCAGGGGCGUGGUGGCUGCUCAGGGACAGUGCCGCGUCCUCGGAGGGGCCGUGGCCGUGGGGGGGUGCUGGGGGUGGAACCCCCUCUCCCAGGGUCUCUCCUGGGGGUCAGGGGUGGGAGUGCAUCUCCCAGCGCCAGUCCCAGCUGGCCACUGGUGCCAGUUGCCCCCCGUACUGGGGGCCGUUCUCUUGUAACCACCUGUGCGAUGAUGUUGGUGGCUGUCGCUGGAAAAACAUCAAUAAACCUGCGUUCUUGUA